CUCCUGGUCAGGGCAUAGCAUAGUGUCUAAAGAGGCAUACAUAAUCAGUUGUCAUUGUGCUUUGGCUCGGAAUAUAUGUAUUCUUGCAGGCGCAUUGGUAUAUAGGGUGGUGAAUGGCAAGCGCGCUCCUCAGUUGCAUUCCACGGAGUCAUCAUGAAUUUCACACUAUUUGAAAUUUUCCGGAAGCUGCCGGCAGAUCCCGUCCCUCCGCCCAUGCUGAGAACACCUCUGCCAGCGAUUGUAAUAAUUUUGGGUUACCUGCUGCUGAUUUUCAAAGUGGGCCCCGAUUUUAUGAGAUUUCGCAAGCCCUUCAACAUUCGAAAGACAAUGUUAAUCUAUAAUUUCUGCCAAGUUUUGAUGAACUCCGCCUUUUUUGUGAUGGGCACACGUUUUUUUUUUAUCUGGAAAUUGUACGACCUCCGCUGCAUGGAAAGUCUGCCUUGGGAUCAUCCAUAUAAAGAUACCGAUCGUUGGCUAACAUACUUAUUUUUCAUCAACAAGGUGAUUGACCUGAUGGACACCGUAUUCUUUGUGCUGAGAAAGAGCUCCAAGCAAAUCACCGUACUCCAUGUCUACCAUCAUGUAUUAAUGGUGUUGGCUGUGUCCUUCGUAUACUAUUCCUACGGACCCGGAGGACAGUACAAUCUGAUGGGAUACCUCAACUCAUUUGUGCACGCGGUGAUGUACGCCUACUAUUUUGCAUCUGCUUGGUAUCCGAACGUGAAGAACACAUUCUGGCUUAAACAGUACAUCACCAAGCUGCAAAUCAUACAGUUUGUGAUCCUCCUCACACAAUCUGUCCUGACAUUGUGGCUGCAUCCCGGUUGCCGUGUUCCCAAGUUCCAGCAGUUCCUUCAGCUGGGAGUUUCCCUUUCCAUGAUUGUCAUGUUUGGGAACUUUUACUAUCAAACCUAUGUCAAAGCCAAGAGCAAACAGCAGUGAUUCAUAAAUACAUUGUAGUACUCUUUACGCAAUUGAGUCGGCCUCAGUUGAGUGUGACUA